CGCGGCGGCCAGUAAUAACGUUGCCGCCAACACCAUGCUCAGAACUAUUUCGAUUUUGGCUCUGUUAGCCUGCAGUGCAGCCAUCAUGGCAGAAGCAAAACCUGUCUUCAUCAAAGUUUUCGCGCCCAGCGGUGGCUACUCCAGUCAGAGUUACCAGAGUAACCAGGUGGCGGCCUCGCCCAUCAACACCCAGUUGAUCUCGAGCCUUAUCUCGUCGAAAAUUCAGCUGCUAAACAGCGUGCUACAGGCCAAGUCCUCGGCCGGAGGCUUUAGUAUUGGCUUCAAUAAGUUCGUUACAUUCUCCAGCACCACAACGACGACAGAAAAACCCGUGACACACUACACUACCGAGGUAAACACAGACUUUACUCCGGAUGAUACAUCAUCUACUAGUACUACUCAACUUGUCUACACGACAACCACAGAAGGCGCUGUCGAAACGCCGAGCCCCACAGUACAUCCCGAGUUACCGGCCAGCACGACUUCGGUGAUCCCGGCGAAGAGCACCACGUCGGUUCCUGAAGUCACGACCACGACGAAAGCCACUCCUGGCUAUAUAUACGGCACCGCCCAGUCUCGCCCUGGCACUAGUUCGGUGGAUCCCCAUUACUUGCCCCCCUCUGCCCAAGAAUAUGUUAAACGUUAAGGAACAGCGUACAAGCUCAGUUUAAAUAGCUUUAUCUUAGCAAUAACCAGAUUUGAGUAAACUACAGUAACUUCAUGGA